AUGGAGUUGCAGAGCUUCUAUCAGAACCUCACGGGACAGCAGUGGACAACGAUGAUCACCUUUAAGUUUGCCUUUGUCGUGCUGACUAACCUAGCCAGCCUCAUGUUCCUGGUCAUAAACGGCAUCAUCAUCCACACCCUGUGCAGUCGACCUGCGUUCAGGGAGACACCGCGGUACAUGCUCCUGCUGAACCUGGUGGUGGGGGACUCCAUCGUGCUCUUCACAGCGCAGUUGUUGUACAUGUACAGUACUGCUAACCUGAAUCUGUCCUACCCUCUGUGCGGAUUAUUUAUCAUGAUCUCCUACCUGAGCUCACAGAUCGCUCCUCUCACUCUGACAGUCAUGUCCAUCGAGCGCUACAUUGCUGUUUGUUUCCCGUUUCAUCACCCCACCAUAGUCACCACGAGGAACACGGCCUUUGCCGUCCUCUGUGUCUGGGGGUUGGGCUGUGUGGACAUUUUGGUUCGGGUCCUGCUUCUUCUUGAAUUCCCUUUUCACCUGCUCCCCAGCCUUCAGAUGAACUUCUACUGCAUCUCUACAGCCUUGUUGCUUGGACCUCGAUCUAAGAUCUACGAGACGAUAUCCACUGUUGUGCUGUUUCUCUUCUCAGGUUUAGUAAUCGCAUCGUCCUUCAUCGGUGUGAUGGUGGUCGCAAUCUCUGCCUCCACAGAUAAGGUCUCUGCAGACAAAGCUCGGAACACUCUGCUCCUGCACACGUUUCAGUUAAGUCUAAACCUGUUGUCCACCAUGGGACUGCCCAUCUUCAGCAGUGUGGCUGUUCGGGCAGACCAGGUUUCGUCUGGGCAGCUUUUUGUGGUGAUUUACGUCUUUGUGGUGAUGAUGCCGCGCUGUCUGUCGGCUCUAACUUACGGACUCAAGGACCCGAGCCUCAGGCCGGUCCUGUUGUCUCGCCUCUGCUGCCACCUGCAGGCCUGUCCAAAUACUGUCACUGCUCACACACAUGAUCUGCAGAAAAAGACGAGGCCUCCUUCAGCCCCUGGAUGUACCCAAACCCCCAGUCUAUAA